GAGUGCGCAUGCGUGGUAGCGAAAGGCAACCGAAAAUGGCGCUGGUUCGGAAGAUUUAUAGUGCUAUGUUCCGCCGCACCUCCACUUUUGCCCUCACGAUUGUGGUGGGCGUCUUGCUGUACGAGCGGGCCUUCGACCAGGUCACGGAUGGGCUUUUCGAGUACCUCAACAAGGGGAAACUGUGGAAGCAUAUCAAGCACAAGUAUGAGUCGGCUGAAGAGUGAAACGCAGAUGCUGAAUUCCUGCAGGACCUUUCUUUGAUCUUCACUUCAAGCCCUCUUCCAAACCACCAGCUGUUAAAGCAGCAGAUGUUCAUUCAUAUGGAUCAGUUCGAACCAGAGUGCAUCUUCUCAAGAGCGACAGAAAAGCUACCUGGACUCAAAGACUUGUGCUGAAGUAUAGUUUAAUAAAAUACAUUCUAGUGUC